UAUGCAAUUAUGGAGAAAAUAUUCACCUCUUUGCUCUUCUUGCUUCACUAUGUUAUGGUUAGUUCAGCCAUGACCCAAACCAACACUACCACUGAUCAAUUAGCUCUUCUUUCCUUAAAAUUCCAAAUCAUUUCGGAUCCCUUUCACUUCUUGGAUGAAAGUUGGUCUCCCGCUAUCUGUGUUUGCCAUUGGGUUGGAGUCACUUGUGGCUCUCGUCACCAGCGGGUCAAGUCCUUGAACCUUUCUAAUAUGGCUCUUACAGGCAGAAUUCCACAAGAUUUUGGAAACCUGUCAUUUCUUGCUUCUCUUGACUUGGGAAGGAACAACUUCCAUGGAAAUUUGCCUCACGAAAUGGCACGCUUGCGUCGGAUUAAGUUUCUUGAUUUAAGUUUCAAUAACUUUAGAGGGGAGGUUCCUUCUUGGUUUGGGUUCUUACACCAACUUCAAGUUUUAAGUCUUAAGAAUAAUAGUUUCACCGGCCCCCUUCCCUCUUCAUUUUUUAACAUUUCAAAGCUUGAAAUGUUGAAUUUGGCAUUCAAUUCCUUAGAAGGUCAUAUCCCUGUGUCUCUCUCGAAUGCCUCGAGGUUGGAGAGGUUAGAUUUAUCUGGUAAUUUUCUUCAAGGGAACAUUCCAAAAGAAAUCGGUAACCUUCACAACCUGAACUGGUUGGCCAUACAAGAUAAUCAACUUAUGGGUUCUGUACCAUUAACAGUUUUCAAUAUUUCUAGGAUCGAAGUCAUUGCAUUUACAGGCAAUAGCUUAUCAGGAAAUCUUCCAAAUGGUUUAUGUAAUGGUCUCACAAUACUCAAAGGGCUUCAUCUAUCCAAAAACAAGCUUCAUGGUCAUAUGCCUACAAGUUUGUCGAAUUGUUCACAACUUCAAAUUUUGUCUUUAUCAUAUAAUGAGUUUGAUGGACCAAUACAUAGUGAAAUUGGAAGAUUGAGUAACUUGCAGUUCUUGUAUCUUGGAUUUAACCAUUUCAAAGGUGAAAUACCCAAAGAGAUAAGCAAUCUCGUUGAGUUGGAGAAACUUGAUCUUCCGGUUAAUAGUUUUAGUGGUUCGCUUGAUAUGGAGAUCUUCAACAUAUCAGGGCUAAGAAUAAUUGAUCUUUCACUCAACAAUCUAUCGGGAAGCCUCCCACCAAACAUAGGUUCUAUCUUACCCAACAUUGAAGAGCUUUAUCUGGCCAACUUAACCAAUCUUGUUGGGACUAUACCCCAUUCCAUCUCCAAUUGUUCAAAACUUACAAUCCUAGAGCUUUCUGUCAACCAACUCACUGGCUUGAUUCCCAAUUCUCUUGGAUAUUUGACUCAUCUACAGUUACUAAAUUUAGUGGAAAACAAUUUAACCAGUGACUCAUCAUUAAGCUUCCUGACUUCCUUAACCUAUAGCAGAAAUUUAACAGUUCUUGAUAUAUCUUUCAACCCUCUAAAUGGCAUGCUUCCAGCCUCUAUAGGGAACCUUUCCCCAUCUCUUAUAAGAUUUUACGCCAACAGUUGCAAGAUCAAAGGGCGAAUUCCAAAUGAUUUUGGGAACUUAAGCAGCUUGUUAGACCUUGAUCUUUCUGAGAACAGCAUGGCUGGAUCGAUUCCCACAACAAUUGGCAACUUGAGAAACAUUCAGCGCUUCAACUUGAGUAACAACAAACUUAUAGGAUUUAUUAGAGAUCAUAUAUGUAAAUUGCAGCAUUUGGGUGCUAUUUACUUGGGACAAAAUCAACUUUCAGGAUCCCUUCCUAAUUGUUUAGGGAACAUUACUUCGCUUAGAGAGAUACAUCUUGGUUCCAAUGAAUUGAGUUCCAAUAUUCCAUCAAGCUUAUGGAAUCUUGAGGAUCUAAUGGUUCUUGACUUAUCGUCAAACAAUAUGGUUGGUUCAUUACCUCUAGAAAUUGGGAACCUAAAGGCUGCGAUACUGAUAGACCUGUCAAUGAAUCAAUUGUCAAAUGGAAUUUCUAGAGAAAUUGGAAGCUUGCAAAAUCUGGCAAACCUUUCUUUGAGACACAACAAGUUACAAGGAGCUAUACCUGACUCAAUGAGCAACAUGGUGGGUUUGGAAUUCCUAGACCUUUCUCACAAUAAUAUAUCUGGAAUCAUUCCUAAGUCUUUGGAGAAACUUCAAAACUUGAAGUAUUUCAAUGUUUCUGUCAACAAAUUGUAUGGGCAAAUACCCUCGGGGGGUCCUUUCAAGAACCUCUCGAGUCAGUUUUUCACCUACAAUGAAGCAUUGUGUGGUUCUUCAAGAUUUAGUGUCCCGCCAUGCCCCGCAUUAUCAAUGGACAAAUGAAAUAGGAGAAGAUU